GCGGCAGCAACGUCAUUACAAGACCUCGGUCUUUAUCUCCUUCCUAUAUUUUAGAGUGCCACUGAGCUCUAGCUACUAGGUCCUCUUUCAUAGUGUCUCUUUUGCCGCUCCAUAGACACAAUUCUUAAAGAUGGCGGACGAACCUGGCCAGCCCCCCGCGCUCACGACCUUGAGCCUUGCCGAGAAGGCGCCUCAGCCCCAGGCAGUCGGACAGAUAAUUACACCAUUUGAUGUCUCUGGCGGUGUUGAUGAGUCCGGCAAGCUUUUACCAGUUGACUAUGACAAGCUGGUGCGAGAAUUCGGUGCCACUCCUAUUACACCGGCUUUGCUUGAACGUUUCGAGAAAGUCACUGGCCAUCGUCCUCACCGAUUUAUGCGCAGGGGGAUCGUUUUCAGCCAUCGUGAAUUAACUACAAUCCUUGAUCGUUAUGAAAAGGGACAGCCGUUUUACCUCUAUACUGGACGGGGACCUAGCAGCGACAGCAUGCACGUGGGACACACGAUCCCCUUCGAAUUCACCAAAUGGUUACAAGACGUUUUUGAUUGUCCGUUGGUUAUCAUGCUUACUGACGACGAGAAAUUCAUGCACUCGCAGAAAAUUGAUGUCGAUGACGCGAAGAGGUAUACAAAGGCAAACGCUAUGGAUAUUAUCGCUGUUGGCUUUGACAUGAAGAAGACAUUCAUCUUCAGCGAUUUUGACUAUGUUGGCGGUGCUUUCUACGAGAACAUGUGCAGGAUGGCCAAGCGAAUUACCAUUAACUCCAUAAAGGGAACAUUUGGAUUCAACGACAGCAACAACAUCGGCGAGUUCCACUUCUGUGCUACUCAAUCCGCCUCGGCCUUUGCCACCAGCUUCCCCCAUAUCUUUGGCACGGACAGGAAGAAAGUCUCGUCUAUCCCAUGUCUGAUCCCUUGCGCUAUCGACCAGGACCCCUAUUUCCGCCAAUGCCGUGAGAACGCUGAGAAGAUGAAGUACAAGAAGCCGUCGCUGAUUCACGCAAUCUUCCUCCCUGCCCUUCAAGGCCCCGGCUCAAAAAUGUCUGCUAGCGUGGAUACGUCGGCUAUUUACAUGAGUGACACCCCCAGCCGUAUUAAGAAUAAGAUCAAUAAAUAUGCCUUCUCGGGUGGCCAGGACACAGCCGAACUGCAGCGUCAGCUUGGCGGAAACAGCAAGGUCGACGUUCCAUUUCAGUACCUUACUUUCUUCCUGGAGGAUGAUGAAGAACUCGAGCGCAUUCGUGUCGCAUACGAGAAGGGAGAAAUGCUAACUGGCGAGAUGAAGCAGAGGUGCAUUGCUGAGUUGCAGACUUAUGUUCAAGGUUUCCAGGAGCGCAGGGCUCAGGUAACAGAGGAAAUUAUGAAGGAAUACAUGCGCCCUCGCCCACUCGAGUGGGUAGGUAACCCCAACCCAAUCGUUGUUGAGAAGAAGAAAUAAGGCAAGCCAUUUUUGCGAGCCACCGUGGCGUUAGACGAUUCUGUUUAGAGAUGCUUUAUAGUGCAGCUACACGACCAAUGACCACCUAACAAUAUCCUUU